GAUGAUGACGCAAUAAUCCACAGCAAUAUCGAUAUUUAAGCGAAACAAAAAAAGACAGAGAAAAGAGAAAGAGAACCAAAAUUUUGGUCUAAAAGCUUUUGUUUACUUUUUUGUUUACUCUUCUCUUUUUAACAAAUUAAUUAAUUAAGUAAAUCAAUUUGAUUCUAUUCUCAAUUGAUUUACAUAACCAUUUUUUCCAUUAAUUUAUUACCCAUUUGGUUUUCAACCGAUUCACCUAAAUUGGCCUAAAUCAGGUUUGUUGUUGGAUAGUGUUUAUUGUUUGAAUCUAUUUUUUUAAUCACAAUUAUCACCAACUUGUUAAUCAGCUUAUACAUAAAUCUGCUAAUCUUAAUUGGUCACAAUCAUUGCGAUCUAAGUUGAUCUUUUUGUUAUCGUUUUAAUGGAGAGUCCAUUCAACGCGCUUUUUGUAUUGUUCAAUAUCACAUUGUUUCACUUUUAGAGAAUCAGUUUUUUUUUUGUUUGGAUUGUCCGAAUUGGUGACUCAUUCCUAGUGUCCAGUUGUAUCUGAUUAUGACCACUUAAAGAGCUACUAUGUCUUAUAGUCCGAUAGUCAAUUACUACCCUGAUACUAAUCUUAUGAGUGUCCAUCAUUCAAGUUUUUAUUAUCACUCUUUAACUACCCAAUUGAAUCAAUUAGCUUUAUUAAUUUGGGAAACCAACUCAUUUACUCACUGACCCAGUUAAAAUUUAAAUUGUUCACCAAAUGAACAUGUCGAAAAACAAUAGUAUGCAAAUAGAUGGAUUCUAUUAUGAUCCAGUUAAAAAACGCCAUUUUCGAAUCUUGGAAGGAGAUAAAUAUCAUCCUCAUCUAAAUAAUUGUUCGUCAACACCAUCAAUUCCUUCACCUAGGAACGUUUGUUCACAAUUAACUCGUUUAAAUAUGUUGGAUUCUUCUGGUCUAAAUGUCCAAGAGUGUCUUCUCUCCGGACGUUUUGCUCAAAUGAAAUGUGAACAAUCAAAACAAUUGGAAAUCUAUGAUUACAAAGGAGUCCAAAUGAAAGGUGCCAAUUGUCAUUAUCUUAUUGGUGAAGCGUCAACCGAUUCACUUUUCGGUGUUUGGAAUUCAACUGACGGAAAUGGUUCCGUUAUCCAUCACAUCAAAGUAUCAAAUUUCAAAGAUAAUCCUAAAUGUACCAUAAUCAAUGCGUUUCCAAGAGGUACAAAGGUUGAAGAUUUGUGUAUGGUACAAAUAACCGAUUCCCCAUAUUCAGCUGUCAUGUGUUUAACUAACCAUUGUAAACGAGAUCUUUCAACAUUCUCAUCAUGUAAUAUACAAUAUAUCGAUAAUAGUGACCUUACUGGUGCCCGUCGACAAGUUCAAGAUUGGAGUCGUAACUAUGAAAUACGAGAACCAUCAUUUAGCUGUUGUCCCUAUACUCAUAAUACUUUAGCGAUUGGAAGUGAGAAUCAUAUCCGUUUAUUUACACCAAAUCAACCAUGUAACGAUCAUAAUCAAUUAGUUCUCAAAGGAAAGGCCACUUCUCUCGUCUUCUCGUUAGAUGGUAAACGUUUAUAUUCUGGAACCAAUUAUGGACAUUUAAUCUCAUUCGAUGUAACAAGUAAAAAGCAAAUCGAUGAUUGUGACCUGAAAUCUAAAACAAUCGCCUAUCUUUAUCCACUUAAGAAUGACAAUCAACUGAUUGUCUCCUGUCAUGAUAGUAAACUUUUCCUUACCGAUCGACGAAACUCAAAGGAACCAAUUUUCUCAUUUUCCAAUCACGUAAAUGAUUGUAAAAAGAUUCCAAUUAGUGUUGAUGAAUCAGUUGAUGUUGUUUGCUCUUCUGGUCAAGAUUAUAAAAUACGAUUCUGGUCACUUCGAUCUGGUAAACUUUUACAUGAGAUUGAACCACCAUCCGAACAGUUUAAAAUUAAUAACAAUCCAUCAGCUGAUUCACCGACAAUGGUUCAUUCAUGGUAUUCAAAUUCAUGGAAAAGUUUAAACGGUCAACCCUUACCAAUGGUAUUCUCAUGUAUCAAAGAUACAAUUAAAGUUCACCGUCAAUCAAGCAACGAAAUUAACAAUUUCCACAGUGGAGAAAUUAAAAAUCUAAAUGAAGAAAAUACAUCUUCUUCUAAUGAUUCUUAA